AUGAACUCACCUUUAGACAUCACAACAGAUGAUACCGAGCACGAUGCGUCUACGCGCUUGAUGAGCAGUUGCUCUAUAAGAGAUAAAGGAGCACCAGUGGCAAGACAGGUUCUCAGAAAGCCAGGUUCUUUCGGUAGCAUUCAUCAGCUUCUGCUGGAUGUGUGUACUGGUUGUUUCAUCAUCUAUGCAAUCAUCGUUCUUGUCAACAGUGGGCUACCUCUGAACCAAGGCCCUAUUCCUGCUCUACAAACAGCAGCGAAAUACAGCCCUACGGUGUUCCCGAUUACAUUUGCUGAUGUAGCUGCCGGUCUGCUAAAAGCAGCGGCCGUUUGGAAGCUAGAGCAAGGGAUAUCCGUGCUCAGCCUAGAAUACCUACUGAGCUGUCGAACGGUUUUCAGCCCAAUUACCGCACCUCUCUCCCUUCGAUCAGCGACAAUGUUGACUCCGGCAUUGCUCUUUUUAUGGGCUCUUUCCCCCUUAGGUGGUCAGGCCGCGUUACGUGUAAUGGAGGCUGGUCUCUCUACGGCUGUAGAGUCCUGGCCAUAUCAGCUACUUAAUUUCACAUCGGAAUUCCCACACGGUGGGGAAAGCUCCUCUGUCGGCUUUGAGGUGAUCUCCCGGAUUCAGAACGCGUUCGUCACCGCCCUCUCAAGCCCUGGCGGUGUCAAAUCGGCAGCUCAAGACUUAUUCGGUAACAUCAAAGUGCCAAUGGUAGAGUACUGCCAGGCCGGGGACCAGACUCCGGAAGUUGACGUUCGAUACGACGUUGAUUUGACAUCAGACAUACUUCCUGUAUGGUCGUCAAUAGCAGGCAUUCCCGUUGCCGCCCAUUCGAAUUCGAAACAUCCUACAUGA